AUUAGUGUUUUUUUUUAAGUUAAGUGUCUUUUUUUAGUGAAAUGGAUCCCAAUAAUCAUUUUAACACUCAAAAUUCUGCUAAUUUUCCAUUUAACCAAAAUCCCAACAAUUUUCAAAAUCCCAACAAUUAUCAAAAUCCCAACUAUUAUCAAAAUCCAAAUCAAUUUUCCAACCAACAUCCUCAAAACAUACCUAGUUUUGGUUUUCCACCAAAUUUCAACCAGUCAUCCUCUGUUCCAAACUUUCAACCAUAUUAUGGAUCUAUGCCGAGAAAUCCAUCUCAAACACCCCCGUUUAAUGGUUAUGUGACAAUGGCGAAUGCAAAUUUUCCAAGUGGUGGUGUACCUGAAUUUCCCGAGUUUUCAACACAACUAACUAUUGGUGGCAUGAUAGUUUCUAAUGAAGUCGCUCCAAAUUCAGAGGAUUCAACUCCUAAGAGCAGGAAAACUCAGCAACCAGCAUGGAACACUGAACAAAAUUUGGUGCUAAUUAGUGGGUGGAUUAAAUUUGGAACAAGCAGUGUUGUCGGGAGAAACCAGAAAGGUGAAACAUAUUGGGGUAAAAUUGCUGAGUAUUGUAAUGAGCAUUGCUCAUUCGAUCCUCCGCGUGAUGGACCUGCAUGCCGAAACCGUUUUAAUUAUAUGAACAAAGUGUUGGGUAAAUGGAUUGGCGCUUAUGAUGGCGCUAAGCGUAUGCAAGGAAGUGGUUGGUCGGAGAAUGAUGUUUUGGCAAAAGCGCAGGAAUUAUAUGCAUGUGGGAAGAAUGUUAGAUUCACUUUAAUGGAAGAAUGGCACGCUCUCCGUGAUCAACCACGUUAUGUUAGUCAAGUAGGAGGAAAUAUUGGCUCAGGAAGUAGUGGAUCUAAGAGAUCUCGCGAGAGUGAUGCAUGUGGCUCAAACACUGUAGAAUCCAGUGCUCGUCCUAUAGGAAGGGAGGCAGCUAAAAAAAAGGGUAAAAAGAAAAGCAAGGAAUAUGCCUCGGAGGUGGUGGACAAAGAAUGGGCUGAAUACAAAGAAUUCAAGACGAAAGAGCUUGAACGAUUGGACAACAUAGCCUUGAUGCAACAGCAGGCUAACAAUAUAGCCUUGGAAAAGACUAAAACCAAGAAAAUGAAGAUGUAUCUAAAGCUAACUUCCGAAGAGCAUCUAGAUGACCGGAAGAACCAGCUGUUGAAAAAGUUGGAAGCCUACAAUCAAAAUCGUGAAAUUGAAGAAAAUUAUAUAGUCAAUCGAUUUAGAGAGCGUAGAAACAAAAUAUCGGAAGAUAAUGCACCUCGUAGUAGAAAAUAUCUCAAUAGAGAUCAUGCAGCGGCAAACCAAAGACUAAUUGACGACUACUUUGCCAAUGAGCCUACAUAUGGCGAUGCAAUGUUUCGUCGUCGGUACCGGAUGAAAAAAAAUGUUUUCCUUCGAAUCGUUGGGGACCUUUCAAGUAGUGAUAACUACUUCACCCAGCGAGUUGAUGCAGCCAAUAAAGAAGGUAUAUCACCCUUAGCAAAAUGUACCACAGCAAUGCGAAUGUUAGCAUAUGGUGUUGCAGCAGAUGCGGUCGAUGAGUACAUCAAAAUAGGAGGUACUACAGCAUUGGAGUGCUUACGUAGAUUCUGUAAAGGAAUCAUACGCUUGUACGAGCAAGUGUAUCUGAGAGCACCAACCCAAGAUGACCUGCAAAGAAUACUGCAUGUUAGUGAAAUGCGGGGGUUCCCAGGGAUGAUUGGGAGUAUUGACUGCAUGCACUGGGAGUGGAAAAAUUGUCCUAAAGCAUGGGAAGGACAGUUUACUAGAGGGGAUAAGGGAACCACCACAGUUAUUCUUGAAGCAGUUGCAUCUCAUGACCUAUGGAUCUGGCAUGCCUUUUUUGGAUGUCCGGGAACGUUGAACGAUAUAAACGUUCUAGACCGGUCACCAGUGUUUGAUGACGUGGAACAGGGAAAGGCUCCAAGUGUGAAUUUCUUUGUGAAUCAACGUCCAUAUAAUAUGGCAUACUAUCUAGCUGAUGGUAUCUACCCUUCUUAUCCAACUUUCGUCAAAUCGAUUAGACUUCCUCAAAGUGAACCCGAUAAAUUAUUUGCAAAAUUUCAGGAGGGAUGUCGGAAGGACAUCGAACGUGCAUUUGGAGUGCUCCAAGCUCGAUUUAAAAUCAUCCGUGAACCAGCUCGCUUGUGGGACAUAGCUGAUUUAGGUAUCAUCAUGAGGUCAUGCAUCAUAUUACAUAAUAUGAUUGUUGAGGAUGAACGAGAUUCAUAUUCUCAACGUUGGACCGAUUUUGAGCAAUCUGAGGAAAGUGGAUCUAGUGCACCACAACCAUACUCGACCGAGGUGUUACCCGCUUUUGCAAAUCAUGUGCGUGCUAGAUCAGAGUUCCGUGAUCCAAAUGUUCAUCAAGAAUUGCAAGCUGAUCUAGUGAAGCACAUAUGGACAAAGUUUGGAAUGUUCCGUGAUUGAAUUAUUUGUGUGUUGUAUUGCAUUUUAAAUUAUUUGUAUCGUACUAAUUACGUUACUUGUGUGUUGUAUUGCAUUUUAAAUUAUUUGAAACGUACUAAUUACGUUAAUUGUGUGUUGUAUUUUAAAUUAAUUUAAGAUGAUUUGUAUCGUAUCCAAUUAUUUAAAUAAAUUUUGUUUUUAUUACAAAAAAUUAAAAAAUAAAUUAUUAAGUAUUUAUUAUUUUAAUUUAAUUUUAAUCGAUAAUUGUAAUUUUAUGUAAUCAUAAAAAUAAAAAUAAAAUUUAAAUAAGAAUAUGAAAAUAAAAAGUGGUGGGGUAGGGUGUUGAAUGAAAAACCAUUGGAGAGGGUAAAAGUUGAAUGGGUGUUGAGUUAUUAGGUGGAAGAAAGAGAAAAUGAUGUGGAGUGUUGGGAGUUGAAAAAGAG